GUCCGCGCGAGGGGAGACUUCUGCUCCUCCUUUCGCACCUGCUCCUAAGGCUGAUAACACCAUUAGCGGAAGACGUUGAUUUGAUGCACUCCAAGACGUUUCGCGAUGCUUGUGUGUGUACUGCAAGAACAUGAACUCGCCUUGUUACUUUGAUGAAAAACUCAUUACGGGCCACUUUUAAUUCACCUCGACAAUUAAAUACCAAAACUGUGCAGUAACAAAACUGUCCAUGGUAAAACGUGAACGUGAAACUCGACAUGACUUUAUAUAAGACCUGCGUGUGACUUGGUGCUUGACGAUGAGGGACGUAGUAGCGCAGGGUCAGAAACUCCCUCUGUUUGAGUCGUUUCGGGAGAUGGUGUUGUCGGUGGUGGAGAGGCUAAAACCAGGCCUCACACACCAACAGGAUACCCCCCAGCUGGAGGAGGAGGACGAGCAGGAAGACCUCGACAAUAGAGUCUUCCUCGAGCCUGAUCAAAUCCUCACUACGGCUCUUAACAUCGGCGACGCUCUAAGAAAGGCUGCUCUGUGGGACAAUGCAGAGCUGCUUGAGGACCUGCUCAAUGGUGAUCAGCUGGCCCACCUGGACUGCCGAGAUGCCUGGGGACGAACUCCCUUACAUGCUGCUGCCACUACCGAAUCCUCCAGAUGUCUCAGGAUCCUCCUCCAAGCUGGGUCUGACGCUAACAUGGCUUCAGGGCCCAGAGCUGAAGGACGGACAUGUCUUCACAUAGCUUCAGAACAUGGAGCUGUGGAGAACAUCCGCUUACUACUUGACCAUGGUGCCGACCUUUUAGCCAAGGACGCAAAUGGCCUUACUGCACUUGACUUAGCUGAGCAAGGGGAACACACACAGUGCAUGACCGUCCUCAAAAAUGCUGCAG